AUGGCAUUAAAGCGCGAGUUUGUUCACUUCUAUCAAACUGAUCAAAAAGCAAACGAAAUUCUCAAUGCGAUGAAAGAAGAAAGACACUUAAGAAAACAUCCAGAUGAACUAUUUUUUCCUACACUAACUCAUAAUCCACUACUUGGUGCCCCUGGUGCUUGUAAUGAAAUUCAUGUUACUAAUAAUUCAGAUCCACGGAAAAUUUUCAUAGCUCGUUAUGUAACAUGGUAUAAUGAAGGUUGCAAAAGUUCAAGAAUGCGCCGUGCUGUUUGCAUUAUAGGCAUAAACAACCUUCCGUACAUAACGUCACAAGUUGAAUUCUUCGCCAAUAAGUUUCAUGAUGAUUUUGAACCGAUUGCAUAUGACUGCACAGAGUAUUAUAUCAUGAAGAAAGUUUUAAAAGAGAUGACAAGUAAACAAUUAGAUCCAAGUUUCAAUCUCACACAUUACUCUAUAUUGCAUUGUUCACAAAAUCAUAUCUAA